AUGUUUCAGCGUCUACGUGAGGCUAUAGAUUCGCGCAUCGCCGAGGAGCAGGCUAGACAACGUUCAUCUCAGGAGUCGCUAGCCCGCUCCAACUCCGCUCGUCGCCCGCCGGGUCGCAACCUCUCUCCGAGUAGACGGCCCUCACGCCCCCGGCGAAAUACCGGAACCCCUGUACGCGGACCAGAUCCCACCGAGUUUGAGCAGGAAUUCGCUAUCGGUGACGAUGAUACGUCAAGCAGGUCAGCCACUCCCCGGCCGGAGUCGACAGGCAUACCUGAGAAUACACCGGGAGAGGGUGCCGGACAGGCGGAGGGCACAGCAAGCGCAGCACCCGAGAAGGAUAGCAUGCCGGGAACGGAAACAAAUCAGCCUCCGGAGCUACCGUCUGAGGUGAAAGCGAAACUGCGACGGCUGAACAAGAUGGAAUCGCGUUACCAGGAGCUGUUGAAAGCAUAUCGAGCGGCCCAUUCUCGCGUUUUAUCGAUUGAACCUUUUGAAGCCGCCUUGCGGGAGAACACGCCAUUGACCUCAAUUGCGGAUCCCAAGGCGCUGACCGAAUACUUCAACCAGAUUUCUCUCAAAGGAGACCUAGUAGCGGAGGAGCUCAAGCGGGUCACAACUGAAAGGGACGAGUUCAAGAACAAAUUGGAAACAGCUGUGAAAUCCGAGAAGGCCGCGCGGGAAGAGCUGGAUCGUCUCAAACAAACCGCUAGUGGCGAAGAGCAAUCAAAUGAUAGCAAAGAUGCCACUUCAAAACCAGAGCAGUCUCACAAGGAAAUCAAACAGGAGGCCGAGGAGUUCUUUUCCUUUGACAACGAGAUUCCUCGGCUGGAGUCCGAGUUGAAGGAGAAGCAGGAAGAAGUUGAGAGUCUCAAAGCCCAGACCGAAACCUUGAAGCGGGAUUUAUCAGUUGCACGUGAGUCGACUGAGGGUAUGGUUCAUAACCUCGAAUCUGCCACCCGAGAGCUUGCAGAGUUGCGUGACUUCAAGGAUAAACAAGAAGCGGAGAUGAAAAAUCUCAAGAUCUCAAAGCAAAGUGAGAUUGACGAAAUCAAAUCCAAGCUUGAAGCGUCAGAAACCGCCGUGGCCGAGACCAAUGCAGAAGUAGAGAAGCUUAGCGCGGAGCUGAAGCAGAAGGCAGCUGAAAUUGAACAGCUACAGGCACAAGCCAGUAAACCGGAAGAUGCUGACCAGCAGGCAGAGUUGGCGAUAAAAUUAGAGCAAGUUAAGCAGGAAAAGGAGGCCAAUGAGAAGCGGCUUGGGGUACUACAAGGUCUAGUGGAUACUCUUCGAACCCAGCUCAAAGAAACUCAGGAUACGAUGUCGGGUCUUAAGGCAAAUAUGGACCAGAAAACUGAAGAUUUUGAGAAGCUGAAGAAGGUCAUUGACUUCCUUGACGGGAACUUGGAGGAUAAUGUGAAAUGGCAGGAAUCCAAGGAAAAGGUCGCUAACGGUCAGGAAGUUAAUUUCGAAGAACUACAACAGACACUGGCCCCAGCAUAUGGCUCAGAGGCAGCAAACGAGAAGCUUGAAACCACACCGCAGCCUGCCAACGCCACUGCUGCCACGGGAGCUGGAAAAAAGAAGAGCAAGAAGAAGAAGAAGGGCGGCAAAGCUGGGGAGGACAACAGUAAGCUCACAGAAACUGCUACUCCGGAAACCGCUCCGGCAGUGUCUCAGCCAGCCGAGUCGAGUUCAGCCCUAGCUGAGCUUGAGAAGAAAAUUGCGGACCUUGAGCAACAACUCAGGGAGAAGGAACAAGCCAUCGAACGACUUGAUUCCAGGCUGAAGGGCGAAGAAGAUUUGAAGGAGGAAAUAGAGUCUUUGCGUGAUGACCUCCUUAAUAUCGGCCAGGAACAUGUCGAAGCCAAAGACAAAAUCAAGGAGCUUGUGGCGGAAAAGGCAGCUUUAGAAGGGACCAUUUCCAAACUGGAGGCAGAGAUUACGGAUCUUCGCUCGAAUAACGCCGCAAAGUCGGCGGAUUCUGAGAAAGCUCAUAAUGAUUUGAAGGAUGAAUACGAGAGUCUCAAAGUAAAAUUCACGACAAUCGAAACAGAACUCUCUGCUGCACAGCAACUGGCUACUACAAGGUUCAAAGAUAUAACAGAUUUGCGCGAGUCCAUCCAAAAGAUCCAACCGGAACUCAAGAAGUUGAGGGGCGAAAGCGCGGAACUCAGGUCAACUAAAGAUGAGCUGAAGAGCAAGACUGCUGAGCUGAGAACUUUGGAAAGCAAGCAUGACGAUUUGCAAGCGGAAGUCAAGGCACUGAAGACUUCGAUCUCCGAUCGCGAAACGGAAGUGAAGACUCUCAAUCAAAAGAUCAAGCAAGAGCUGGAUAGCCGAUUGAAAGCGGAAGAAAGCCUGACGGUUGCUCAGUCCGAUCUCCGCUAUAUUGAGAGCAGGAAGCAAGAAGCCAUCGAGGGUAAACAGAAGGUCUUGUCGGAACUCUCAAACGUUCAAGACGAGCUGAAAACAGCGCGGGCACGACUACGAGAAUACGAGCAGCAAACAUCUCAACUUAACAAGGAGCUUGAAGGAUUGCGGGACGAAAUUCAGCUGAAGACAGCUCAACAUUCUAGCGCGCAAAGUCUCAUGAACAGCAUGCGUGACCAGGCAUCCGAGCUCGGCAUGCAGAUGAAAGAAGCUCGGGAACGAUGCGAGAGUCUAGAAGAGGAACUAGCAGAUGCACAUCGUCUUCUUAGCGAACGGACUCGCGAAGGGGAAACCAUGAGGCGCCUACUUAACGACAUCGAAGGCCGGGCCGAGGCGAAAGCCCGCGACUUCAAAGAGAGAAUGGAGGCAGCCAUUGAAGAACGGGACCGUGCCGAAGACGAAGCAAGCGCUCAGGGUCGACGUCGAGCACGCGAGCUAGAAGACCUCAAAGCGAAGCUCCGGGACUUGGAGAAGGCCCUACGAAGUGCAGAAGAGGACAAGGAAGAGUUGGAGCAUUCCCAAAAAGACUGGAAACGCAAACGGGACCACCUUGAGGCACAGGCUGAGACAGCAGUUCAGGAGCUCCACGACGUUCAACAAGCCAUGGCUCGGUUACGCGAGGCUUUGGAUGAGAGCGAGAAAAACGUCCGUGACCUGGAGAAAGAGAAGGCUGAAUUACGUCGCUCAGUAGAGCAGACGAACUCGCGAUUAGAGAAAAUACGCAAGUCAAAUAUGCUCUCCGAAGACAGCCGCUUUGGAACGAAUCCGCAGUCAUCACGUUCGUCUAUUGAUUCUGGGUCCCGGAAAGGUGUUACUUCUCCUGUUCCAAAGGCGCGCAGCCCUUCCACCCAAAGGAGUGAUACACCGACUGGCGGCAUCGACUACAUCUAUCUUAAGAACGUGCUCCUCCAGUUUCUGGAACAGAAAGACAAGAACUAUCAGAAGCAGCUUAUUCCCGUCCUGGGGAUGCUUCUGCACUUUGACCGAACGGACGAGCAGAAGUGGAUGGCAGCUAUAACCUCGAAGUAG